UAUUUCGUAGAUGGAGCGACUCAAAAAUGUUACCAACUGAACCCCAAACGGGAAGCAAAUUUUCCAAAUUGGGGAUAAACUAAUCAAAAGUGCGGAACAUGGAGCCAGCUUUCUGGUCAGAUUCGAUUGUGCAAUGACAGAAUAUCAACGAAUAUGUUAUUAGGAUCAAGGACAACGAAAUAAAUAACGUAAAAGCCGAAAAAUAUAGACUGCAAAUAUUUAAUGCUUUAAUGAACGCAACAGAGAAACACAUAGCUCUAAUGCAAAACCAAUUGGGACUUGAUAAUUUCAAUCAAAAUAUUUCAACAGACCGUCAAAUUGAGCUAUUAAAGUUCAAUUGGGGAAUGAGAGCACUCAUUCAAAAACUCAAAUUAGAAUGGAGAACAGAACUUCCACAUCCAGCCAUUCAUUCCAGCACUAUAUUAAAUCAUUUGGAACUGGCGAUGAUGUAUCUCUUUGUCUCCGGUGAAACGACUGGACUAUUUGAUACGGGCGAUCGAAAAGAAAUCAAUAUGAUAUCACAGGCUCGCAUCGAAUACGUCUCAGGACAUAUUGAUAACUGUCAAGAAGUUAUUGUACGGAUCAGUCAAAUCGAAGGCCCAAUACUCUUAUGCACUGACCCGCGCAGGUCUCCUGAAACUAGCUUGUGAUGUUAGAAGUCGUGAGAGAGUAUGGAAUAGUGUAGAUUAUGAGACCGCCCGACAAUAAUCGGCGAGAAUUAGGUAUUUAACAAGGCUUUAUGAUGGAGGGAAAAGAGUAUGGAUAGAGAUACUAGGAAACUGGAUAAUAUUUGCGAGGGAUCUCAUGGAUAAUUUAGACCCUGGAGAAGGGUAUGGUAUUUGGGAGCUUAGAAUGAAACUUACAGAGAAUAAAAGAAAGCUUGAAAGAGAUAUCGGUGAAGAGGUGCCAGCUUAUCCAGGGCAAGAGAUUCAGAGAAAAGAAUGCUGACCUUGAAACUUGAAUGUGUGCCGUAUAUCCCGAAUGGUUACCAGGCUGCUCUAAUGCUUGUUUAAUGGCCAUGAAAGUUUGAUGGCAUACCUGUACCAAUAUCGUUGGAAAGGAAAAGCCAGACGGAUAUGUAUAGAGAAAAUCAUAGCUAUCAUAAACACGCCUGUUUCGCAGCAGGAAGUUUAAUUUUCGAUGAAAUUCAAUUUUGCUGGUUGGCGAAUCUGGCCGAUUCCCGCUCCAUCAUCGGUCAAUCCGAAGACUGGAAGAAAGUAGAACAUCCGCUCGUCCCCGUCCAUGAAGCCGUAUAGUUCGGUGGCUUCGGAUGCCGAGGAGCAUAUGGAAUGUCAUGAGGUGCAAUCCAACGUGAAGAAUUCUCAUGGCUGCGUAUCCGAACUUAUUUUGCCCA